AGACCGCAACACUACCGCAGUCCCUGUGACACGGCGGACACGACGAAUCUACCAGAGGCAUUUCCGGCGCGGUAACCGAAGUGUACCUACCUACUAUACCUACACUUGCAGAAAGGCAUAAUUUAGCAUAUCUAAUGAAACUUUGAACACGUAGUAAUUAAAAAAUGGGCAACCCAUCAGAUCACGUCGAAACUCCGCUUACCGGCGGAUAUCUGCUAAUUGUAUUAGCCGAACCCAGGAGUGCUGAACACAAAUUAGCUAUACUGAAAAAACUCACAAAAGGGCUUUCGUGUUGGAAUUAUGAAGAGAGUGGCGUUGAUAUAGUUACUGAAUUCAAUGCUAUUGUUAAUCAAAAUAUUGAAGGCGAAGAAGGCAAAAAUGGUGAACAACUUUUUCAAUAUGCUAGUGAUAAUUUAGUGGCGGAAAUUCUUAUUAAUCCUCAACACAGUACAUUAGUGCAAUGUGUAAGAAACUUAUUAGCUAGUUUCACAAAGUACAGAUGCAUCAUUCAUGCGGGAUAUUCGUUUACAGAAAAUGGAUCUUGGAUCCUUCAGGACGGUUCAUUUUCUGUCACUGACUUCUUAGAUGCAUAUAAAACAGCUGAAGCUCAGCGUACGAUUAGACUACAUGAAAAUCAGAUUCGUAUUGAACUCCAUUGUUCUGCAGACGCUGAUUGGAACCAAGUUAGCCGAGUUAAGGGCACACGUUUUUUGUUAAAUCCACCGGAAAAAAUAGUUGACAUUGAGUCAAUAGAAUCAAUCGUAAGAUGGCUAUGUGAUAAAAUUGAAGUGACUGAACUUGAUAUACUACUUGAAGGGUCGCAAGUUGUUGGAAAUAUCAGAUUUAGUAGACCUACGCUUUAUGUGUUUCCUGCUGGUCAAGGUGAUUCUGCUUUAUUUGGUAUCAAUGGAUUCAACAUGUUAAUCGAUGGAGGAGCGGGAAGAAAUUCUUGUUUUUGGGGUUUUGCAAGACAUUUGGAUCGGUUAGAUGCAGUACUAUUAACAAGACUCAACAGUAGUAAUUUGGAGGGAGUCGCAUCAUUUUUAAAACGAAAAACCAUGUCUUCAUUGUAUCCACAAAUAGGACAUUUUUUCUGUAAUUUCAAGACAAGAAAACAAAUAUCAUCUCCUAACAUAGAUGCUAAACAAGAUGUUCUUUCAAUUAGUUUAAUAGAUACAGCACAAAGCAUUAUAACUGAUCUUAAACAAUUGCAACUUCGUCCGCAUUUAUGUUAUCGAAAUAUAAAUUUAGAGCCAAUUAAUCUAUAUCAUAAAGUUGGUCAUGGAAAAUUAGAUAUGUAUGUAUUAAAUCCUUCCAAAGAUAGUAAAGAGGUAAAAGACUUUUUGACAAAAUGGAAUGAAGGUGAUCAAAAAUUAUUUAAUCCUACCAAAGAUUUACAGUUUCCGCUACCUAACAUUAUAUCAGUUUGUACACUACUAGUAUGGCAACCAGCAAAUCCAAACACUACAAUCACUAGAAUUUUGUUCCCAGGAAGUAGUCCUCAAAAUAAGAUAUUUGAAUCUUUAGAAAGAGUCAGACAUCUCGAUUUUUUAAAGCAUCCUUCAUGUUCUAUUAAAUCAAUGAGUUCAUCUACAUCAGUAACAGUAAAAUCUCAGACAACAAAGAAGACUGUUCUUGAAAAAAUGAUUCCAGGUGAAACUAAAACCGUUAAGACUUUGGAAAAUUUAGAAGUAUCAACAUCAGCCUCAAAUGCUGUUAUACAAACAGCUAUAAUACCAACAGUACCCAAAGAAGGAACUCCAAAGCCAAAGUUCUCUGUUGAAACAGAAAAACCAAAACAAAGUAUAAAGUUAGUUCUGAAAGAAACAGCAAACGCAAAACCAAAAAUUGAACAUAAAUAUAGUUCAAUUAGCGCAAAAGUAAACUCCAACAAGAUUGUCCAAAAAAGUUCAACUACCAAAAAAUCGUUGAAAUUAUCAUCUAAAUCUCCUCCUACUGAUAAAUCAUCACCCACUACUCCAAUUGAAAAUCAAGAAAAAGCGCCUAAACCAAUUAAACAAGUUAUUAAGUCAAAAUCAACAUCUACAACUACAAAAUCUCCUUCAAGCACUCCUACUAAAAGUAAGAAAGAGGAAGCCAAUCGAAAAGUUUUGGUUUCUUCGAGAACAAAUUCAGGUCUAAAGCGAACUCCAAUAACUAAAAAAGAAACAAAACCAGCUAAUCCAAAAAUCACAGAAACUUCUUUAAAAAAAGACUCAAAUAUAGUUUAUAAAUCAAGUUUGAUCAGUUGUAACAAAGAUAAAAGUGGCGAAGAAGAAGAUAUUUUGAUUGUAGAGAAAGUAGCAAUUACACCAGAAAAACUAUUGACUCCUGAUGGAAAAAAAAUUAUCGCUAAUGAAUUGGAUGGAAUUUUAACAACAGCCAAGGAUAUUGUAACAAAAGAAAAAUUGUCAGACUCUGGAGCUACUACAGCGCCCACUAUGCCAGAAGAUGAAAAAAUCACUGAAUCAAAAAAAGAAAUUGAAAUUAACGAAACAGACAAAAAAGUCGAAGAAUUCAAAAAAGCCAAAGAUGCAUUAAAAACACCAGAUGAAGUUGCCGAUUUACCAUUUCACGAAGAAGCAGAUGAACAAAAACCAAAAGCUACAGAAAAAGAAAUUGAGUCAGAGAUUGAAACUCAAGAAAUUGUACAAGUAGAAAACGCCGAAUAUGUACUGGUAUCAUUAGAUUCCUCUCCAGAAGUAUUAAAACGACAGGUGUUAGACACCGUAGGUUUAUUGGAUACCGAACUUGAGGAAGAUUCUGAUAAAGAAGAUGAAUACGUAGAAACAAAACAAAGUACAAUUCUCCCUGAUAUUGAUGAAAAAACUAAAUUAAUAGAACAUUUAUUAGAAUCUUCCAAGGAUUUAUGUGAAAUAACAGAAAAAAUUGAUGAGUUAAAAAAACAAAAUGAGCACGAGAUCACCAAUCACCAAAUUCAUGAACAUUUACAAAACUCUAAUCACGAUAAUACCAAAACGUCAAAUUGUACGCAAUUAAAUAAACAAGAAAAACCCACACAAAUACAAGAAGCAAAAAUUAAAAUACAAGAAAAAAAAAAUAUUGAUGAACAACGUUUGAACAUUGAUAAUGAGAAUGAAAAAGAUAUACAUGAAAGUGGUCAUGUAGAAGAAUAUAAUGCAGAAAAAGAAGAAAACACUCAAGAUUUAAAACAAAUUACAACAACUCAAGGAGCAGAUAAAGAAUUGGAAAACGUUGAAAAUAUUACAAUGGAUAAAAAAGAUUCAAAAGCAUCUAGCAAAGCUGGCUCAGUUUGCGAUGAACCACUGACAUCAAUUAGAAGUAGAUCUGGUUCUAAAACAGAAGAACCAGAAAUAAAUACAGAAAACUCCACUGAAAAGCAAAGAUCAAAAGCACCCAGUAAAGCUGGUUCCAUUGGUGACGAACCAUUAAAAUCUCCAGGACCAGAUAUUAGUACUCACAAAAUUAGAUCAAGUUCAAUUUGUCAAGAACAAGACAAAACGAAUAAUGUACAGGAUAAACAAGAGUCAAAAGCAUCUAGUAAAGCUGGCUCAGUUUGUGAUGAACCAGUUAAAUCUCCAGUUCAUGAAACAAUCACAUCAGCUAAUGAGGUUCCAAGUAGAUCUGGUUCAAUAACAGAAGAACCAGAAAAUACUAAUGUUACUGAUAUGCAAAGUUCCAAGGUAUCUAGUAAAGCUAGCUCAAUUUGUGAUGAGCCAGUUAAAUCUCCAGUCGAUGAAACAAUCACGACAGCUAAAGCUGUUCCAAGUAGAUCUGGUUCUAAAACAGAAGAACGAGAAAUCACAAUCGAUAAACAAGGAUCAAAUGCAUCCAGUUUAUCCAAUUCAGUUGUUGAAGAACUUACAAUUUCUCCAGGGCCAGAAAUUAGCACUGAUAAAAGUGAAACAAAAGAUGGGUCAAGUUUAGUUUCUCAAGUGCUUGAUAUAACACAUGUUUCUGUUACAGAUAAACAAGAAUCCAAAUCAUCUAGUAAACCUAGCUCAGUUUGUGAUGAACUAGUUAAAUCUCCAAUUCAUCAAACAAUUACAUCAGUAAAUGAAAUUCCAAAUAUAUAUGGUUCAAUAACUAGAGAACCAGAAAAAGUUACUGAUAUGCAAAGAUCCAAAUCAUCCAGUAAAGCUAGCUCAAUUUGUGAAGAGCCUGUUAAAUCUCCAGUUCACGAAACCAUUGCAGCUAAUGACGUUAUAAAUAGAUCUGUUACUGUAAGAGAUGAAUCAGAAAGUAUUCCAGACAAUGAUACUAAUAUAAAAAUAUCCCAAGCAUCUAGCAAAGCUAGCUCAGUUUGUGACGAAGCAAUUAAAUCUCCAAUUCAUGAAAUAGUUAAUGAAAUAACCAGUAAAUCAAGUCCUUUAACACAUGAAAUAGAAAAUGCAACAAAAAACCAAACUGUUUCCAAAGCAUCCAGUAAAUCAAACUCAGUUUGUGAUGAACCCAUUAAAUCUCCAAUUCAUGAAACAAUUACACCAGAAAAUGCAGUUCCAAGUAGAUCUGGUUCAAUAACAGUAGAACCUGAAAAUAAUACUGAUAUUCAAAGAUCCAAAACAUCUAGUAAGGCUAGCUCAAUAUGUGAAGAUCUUGUUAAAUCUCCAGUUGACGAAACGAUUGCAUCAGCUAAUUCCAAUAUAAGUAGAUCUGGUUCUGUAACAGAAAAACCAGAAAGUAUUCCAGACAAUGUCACUAAUAUUCAAAGAUCCAAAGCAUCUAGUAAGGCUAACUCAAUAAGUGAUGAACUCGUUAAGUCUCCAGUUCAUGAAAAAGUCAAUGAAAUAACUAGUAUAUCAAAUUCUACAUCACACGAAGCAGAAAAUACCAUAAAAUACGAAACUGGUUCUAAAGCAUCUAGUAAAGCUAGUUCAGUUUGUGAUGAACCCCUUAAAUCCCCAGUUCAUGAAACAAUUACAUCAGAAAAUGCAGUUCCAAGUAGAUCUGGUUCUAUAAUAGAAACCCCAGAAAAUACUCCAGAAAAUGUUCCUGAUAUGCAAAGAUCCAAGACAUCUAGUAAAGCUAGCUCAAUUUGUGAUGAGCCUGUUAAAUCUCCAGUUGACGAAACGAUUGCAUCAGCUAAUUCCGUUAUAAGUAGAUCUGGUUCUGUAACAGAAAAACCAGAAAGUAUUCCAGACAAUGUCAAUGAUAUUCAAAGAUCCAAAGCAUCUAGUAAGGCUAGCUCAAUAAGUGAUGAACUCAUUAAAUCCCCAGUUCAUGAAAAAGUUAAUGAAAUAACCAGUAAAUCAAGUUCUUUAACACAUGAACUAGAUAAUACUAUAAAGAACUCAACGGGUUCCGAAGCGUCUAGUAGAGCUGGUUCAGUGUGUGAUGAACCCGUCAAAUCUCCAGUUCAUACAACAAUUACAUCUGAAAAUUCAUUUUUAAUUAAAUCUGGUUCAAUAACAGCAGAACCAGAAAAUGUUCCUGAUAUGCAAAGAUCCAAGACAUCUAGUAAGGCUAGCUCAGUUUGUGAUGAACCCAUUAAAUCUCCAAUUCAUGAAUUAAUUACAUCAGAAAAUGCAGUUCCAAGUAGAUCUGGUUCAAUAAUAGUAGAACCAGAAAAUGUUCCUGAUAUGCAAAGAUCAAAGACAUCUAGUAAGGCUAGCUCAAUUUGUGAUGAGCCUGUUAAAUCACCAGUUGACGAAACGAUUGCAUCAGCUAAUUCCGUCAUAAGUAGAUCUGGUUCUGUAACAGAAAAACCAGAAAGUAUUCCAGAUAAUAUCACUGAUAUUCAAAGUUCCAAAGUAUCUAGUAAGGCUAGCUCUGUUUGUGAAGAACCCAUUAAAUCUCCAGUUCAUGAAAUAGCUAAUGAAAUAACUAGUAUAUCAAGUACUUUAAGUCACGAAACAGAAAAUACUACAAAAAACGUAACUGGUUCCGAAGCAUCCAAUGAAGCAAGCUCAGUUUGUGAUGAACCCAUUAAAUCUUCAAUUCAUGAAUUAAUUACAUCAGAAAAUGCAGUUCCAAGUAGAUCUGGUUCAAUAACAGUAGAACCAGAAAAUGUUCCUGAUAUGCAAAGAUCAAAGACAUCUAGUAAGGCUAGCUCAUUUUGUGAUGAGCCACUUAAAACACCAGUUGACGAAACGAUUGCAUCAGCUAGUUCCGUUAUAAGUAGAUCUGGUUCUGUAACAGAAAAACCAGAAAGUAUUCCAGACAAUGUCAAUGAUAUUCAAAGAUCCAAAGCAUCUAGUAAGGCUAGCUCUAUAAGUGAUGAACUCAUUAAGUCCCCAGUUCAUGAAAAAGUUAAUGAAAUAACAAGUAUAUCAAGUUCUACAUCACACGAACCAGAAAAUACCAUAAAAUACGAAUCUGGUUCUAAAGCAUCUAGUAAAGCUAGUUCAGUUUGUGAUGAACCCCUUAAAUCCCCAGUUCAUGAAACAAUUACAUCAGAAAAUGCAGUUCCAAGUAGAUCUGGUUCUAUAAUAGAAACCCCAGAAAAUACUCCAGAAAAUGUUCCUGAUAUGCAAAGAUCUAAGACAUCUAGUAAAGCUAACUCAAUUUGUGAUGAGCCUGUUAAAUCUCCAGUUGACGAAACGAUUGCAUCAGCUAAUUCCGUUAUAAGUAGAUCCGGUUCUGUAACAGAAAAACCAGAAAGUAUUCCAGAUAAUAUCAUUGAUAUUCAAAGAUCCAAAGCAUCUAGUAAGGCUAGCUCUGUUUGUGAAGAACCCAUUAAAUCUCCAGUUCUUGAAAUAGCUAAUGAAAUGACUAGUAUAUCAAGUAAUUUAAGUCACGAAGCAGAAAAUACUACAAAAAACGUAACUGGUUCCAAAGCAUCCAGUAAAGCAAGCUCAGUUUGUGAUGAACCCAUUAAAUCUCCAAUUCAUGAAACAAUUAUAUCAGAAAAUUCAGUCCCAAGUAGAUCUGGUUCAAUAACAGUAGAACCAGAAAAUGUUCCUGAUAUUCAAAGAUCAAAAGCAUCUAGUCAGGCUAGCUCAAUUUGUGAUGAGCCUGUUAAAUCACCAGUUGACGAAACGAUAGCAUCAGCUAAUUCCGUUAUAAGUAGAUCUGGUUCUGUAACAGAAAAACCAGAAAGCAUUCCAGAUAAUGUCACUGAUAUACAAAGAUCCAAAGUAUCUAGUAAGGCCAGCUCUGUUUGUGAAGAACUCAUUAAAUCUCCAGUUCAUGAAAUAGCUAAUGAAAUAACUAGUAUAUCAAGUACUUUAAGUCAUGAAACAGAAAAUACUACAAAAAACGUAACUGGUUCCAAAGCAUCCAGUAAAGCAAGCUCAGUUUGUGAUGAACCCAUUAAAUCUCCAAUUCAUGAAUUAAUUACAUCAGAAAAUGCAGUUCCAAGUAGAUCUGGUUCAAUAAUAGUAGAACCAGAGAAUGUUCCUGAUAUGCAAAGAUCAAAGACAUCUAGUAAGGCUAGCUCAAUUUGUGAUGAGCCUGUUAAAUCACCAGUUGACGAAACGAUUGCAUCAGCUAAUUCCGUUAUAAGUAGAUCUGGUUCUGUAACAGAAAAACCAGAAAGUAUUCCAGACAAUGUCAAUGAUAUUCAAAGAUCCAAAGCAUCUAGUAAUGCUAGCUCUGUUUGUGAUGAACCCAUUAAAUCUCCAGUUCAUGAAAUAGUUAAUGAAAUAACUAGUUUAUCAAGUACUUUAACACAUGAAACAGAAAAUGCAACAAAAAACCAAACUGUUUCCAAAUCAUCCAGUAAAGCAAGCUCAGUUUGUGAUGAACCCGUAAAAUCUCCAGUUCAUGAAACAACAACGUUGAUAAAUUCUAUCACAAGUAGUUCUAAUACUAUAUCCGAAGAAUCAGAAAAAAUUCCAGAAAACGAAACUGAAGAGCACGGAUCAAAAGCAUCUAGUAAAUCAGGUUCUGUUUGUGAUGAACUAGUAAAAUCUCCUUUUUGUGAAAACAAAAAAUCAGAAAAUACCAUUACAAAUAUAUCUAGUUCUAUAAUACAAGAACCAGAAAUUAUCACAGACAAUAAUCAUUGUUCAAAAGUUUCAAGUAGGGCCAAUUCUAUUAGUGAAGAACCGUUAAAAUCGUCGAAACUAGCAAUAAUUAGUACUAAUGGAAGUGAAUCAAAAAGUAGAUCGAGUUCAGUUAAUCUGGAACAAGAUAUUUCACAUGUUUCUAUUAAUGAUAAACAAGAAAGUGGAAAUAGUUCAGUUGGCCAAGAUACAGAAUGUCCACCAAUAAUUGGCAUGGAGAAAUAUGAUGUUGAAUCAUGCAGUAGAAAGGAUUCGUUUUUCCAGGAUAAGUAUAAAUCCUCAACAUUUUCAUCAAGUAGUACAAGUUCAAUUUGUCAAGAAAUAGAUACUCAAUCUUCAAAACUUUCGAGUAGGAAAAGUUCUGUUAUUGAUGAAUCAAUUGAUCAUCCUUCAAAAUUACAUAUUGGGGAAAAGAGUUCUAGUCUUCAAGAAUCAAAUGUUUAUGAACACAAUAUUGAUGAUAAUACUAAAAUAUUCAACAAAUCUGGAUCCUUGUGUGAUGAAAUGCUAAAUCUGCCAUUUAACAAGGUAACAGAAAACAUUAUUUCAAAUAAAGCAUACAACCAAGUAGUUUCUCCAUCAACUUCCGAUGGAAAGACAGAAUCUAAAAUGGUCAAUAAAAUUGAAUCUAUAUGCGAAAAAUCUAUUAAGUCUGAUAAUGAUGAAAUUUGUACAAAAGAACAUUUAGUUUCAAGUACCUCAAGUUUGAUUCUCCAUGAAACAGAAGAAGAAAAAUGUCAACUACCAAGAAAGAGUUCCAUGUUCGAAGAACCACAGAAUUUACUAACUGAGGAUAAUAAUACUAUUUUGUCGCCUUCCGACUGCAAUAAAGAUAAGUCUAAUGUUAUUGAAAAAAAAGCGGAAGAAUCAAAAUCUUUUGGUAGAAUAGGUUCUUUGUGCGAAGAAAUUGCGAAAUUUUUAACUGAUAACGAUAACAAAAUAUCAACUAAUAUUACAUCUGAAUCGCCGUGUAGCUUAAUUGAAUCUAUUCCUUUAAAAAAUAAUAUAGACGAAUUAAAAGUCGAAACUGAAACAUUAUUGCAACUUAAUAAAAAUACGGAUACUUUGAACAAGGUUGAAAAUUCUCCACAACUUGACGAUAAAGUUAAAGUUGAUGAAAAAUAUGAUAACAUAAAUGAGAAAAAUACAGAUCAUAGUCUUCCUGUUAAAAAUAUCACUGUAUCUAAUAAUAAGCCUACAAAUAUUUCAACAUUAUUGAUUGAAGAAAAUAAUAAGACUGGUAUAAUGAAUGUUGCUCAAAUGGUAGGGAAAAAUAUCAUUGACGAAUCUCUUACUAAACAUACCGUGAUAACUGAUAAUGAAUCUAAGAGUUUAAAAACCGUCACUCCAAUCGCUAAUAUUACUUCAGAAGAAUGUAUUAGUAAAUUAUCAAACGUAUUAAUUGAAGAUGUAGUGAAAACAUCUGAUGAUAAAAAUAUCAUAUGUGAUUCAUCAAUAACAGACAUUUGCAUGAAUCAACCAUUAGGUGUUACUUUAAAUAGUGAAGACUUGGGUGUUACUAAAGAUAUAGUAAUGCAAUUAAAAAAAGAUGUACACGAAGCAUUGCAUCAAUGUAGUAGUGAUGACGAGCGACCAUUUACUCCACAGAGCGAGUCUAGCAUGUCUAGAUCGGCAAUGAAUAUUGAUGAGGACGACGAUGAUAAUGAAGACAAUAAAAUUGAAACUGAUGAUGAUAUGCCCGGCUCUCCUAUGUCUACUAGACCAUCACCCGUACAAAUGCAACUCGAUAAUCGACAUGUAGAAAUUAACAUGGAUUUUAAUAAAGCUUUGCAGGAACAUAGGAUUACUAGGGGUGAAGAUUUGACAACUACUGAAGCAAAUGGUAACCAUGUUACAGAAAUCAAGACAACUGAACAUGAUAAUAUUAACCAAAACCAAGGUACGUCAUCCGACACGGUUCAGAGUUGGGGAAAACCAUUAGGUCUACCACCCGUACAAAGCAUUAAUAAUAACGGUUUUGAUCCAAUUCGUGAGUGGGGGAAACCAUUAGGUCUUCCAUCUCCAACACAGCCGAUCCUUGAACUCGCUGAACCUCAAAAUAUGAGCAGCAAGACAACACCCAAGAAAAACGUGAAAAAGAUUAUAGACAACAAACCAAUAAUUAAUGUCAUAGACAAAGACGCGCAAAAUCGAAUCCGACGAUCGGAAUCACCAAGUAAACUCAGGAGUCGAUCAUCAAGUCGAAUGUCCAGAAUUAAUCCCAUUUACCUGGAUCUUAUUUAUGUGCCACAUCAUGGAAACUCAAAAUAUGUAUCUGCUGACUUCUUUAAGCGCGUACGAGCUAGAAACUACGUUUUUAGUGGUACCGACCCUAGUAAAGAAGUCUUAAAUGCUUUAAUCGAAGGAAAACAAGCUUGGGAGGAUCAAGAUUUAGAGGUCACCAUAAUACCAACUUACGAUACCGAUACACUGGGUCAGUGGGUGGCGGAAAAUGAGGAAUUGCUGACCAAGUUGAAGAUCGAUUUAAGUCCUAGCGCCAGCCGAUGCACGAUAAAACUACAAGAUCAUAACACCAGCUGCUCCGCGUAUAGACUAGAAUUUUAAUUAAAUUAUUAUAUAUAGAUAUUAAUGCGAGUAUUGACAUAGUCUUCGUCCAUCGUAUUAUUAGUAAUAUAUUGUUAAGUGUGAUAACUGAUAAAACUGUCUGUCCAUUUUACUUCUUAUUGAAAUUUAUGGAUGCUUUAUAUUAUUAUUAGUGUAAACAAGUACAACAAGUAAACUCGCUUCCGUUCUGAAUUUUUUUUGGCAGAGCGUGCGAAUUCACAAUGCACACUAAAUUACAAGACUGGACAAUCCAUCCUGGGUAGUUCUACUUUUUUUCUUUCUAUUGCAUAUGAAAAAAUUAUAAUAUAAUGAAUUAUAGUUACUUUUUAUUCAUUCACAUUUUGUUUAGUACCAACAUCGGACGCUUCUAUUUCACUUUAACCAACUUUAUUAUUGUUCAAUAAUUACUUUUCUUCAUUCUUCUUAAAAUAUUUACAGUAAGAUACGCAAUGCAUAUGCUUUAAAAGUUUUUACUUAAAUAUAUGUAAUGUGUAAAGUAAAAUAUACUUAAUGAAACUAGCAGAUAUUUUAUCAUAAAUAGUUUAUACAAAUUCGCUUUGGGAAUUGGAAUUUAAACAUGUCGAAAACGUUAUGUGAUGAACAUUUUUAAUAAUACAUUUUUACGAACUGACUGUACGACAGGGUAAUCGGAGAGACCGUUUAAAAUCGGAUAUCAAAAUUGCUGAAUAACCUCUAUACCUAAUAAUAUGUUUUAGUUAUUUAAUUUUUUAAACCCACAAACAAUUGUUUGACUGUUCGACAUUGGACAAAUUAUGGUAGGUACCUUUAUUAAUACUGAUCCAAACAUUGAGUCCAUGUUAAUAUUUUACUAAACACCUGGUGUAGGUACCUAGGUAUCAUAAAUAUUUUAUUCCGAAUUAUUGUUAUUAUAGGCUAAACCGACUAAUAUGUUAGUCUGUUGUCACCAUCUAUCAGUAUCUUCCAAUUUAUUAGACUAGUUUGAAAAAUAUAUUAAUUAAAAUGCUUAUUUAAUUUUGUCAGAAUUAAUUUUAUUAUUAUUUCACAUUAUAUUUGAUAAUAGAUCAUCGUGGAAAAUGUGAUAUUUGUCCAUGCGUAUAUACAUAAGAAUAAUAUUAAUAGGUAGGUACUGCAUCAUUUUGCAUUUCGAUUUCUUCGGGGGUAAAGAUGGAUAAUAAUUUAAUGGCACACCUUAAUGAAAAACCUAUUAACGACAAUAAUAAUAAAUAAUAGUUGAGAAACCACUAUAAGCAGUGAUAGACAUUAGUUUGAUUACUGUUCAUCGAGCUUAUGAUUUAUUUUUGGGUACUAUCGUAAAUUAGAAUCGCUAUGUAUAAUAAUAAUAAUAUGUACAACUAUAACGCGUCAAUGCGAAUAAUUUCUGUCCAAAACACUCCUACUUCGUUACGUCCAAUUUCUCCAUCCUCUCUUCCACACACAGUAACUAUAUUAAUUAAACAUAAUUUUACCCCUAUUUUAUUUUAUUUAUUACUGCAUUGUUAACAUUAUCAGUGGUUAUGCGUAAUGACAUAUUAUAACUUAUAAGUAUUAAAUUUGGUUUGUAUGAAUCUAUGUAUUUCACUGUACGGCGUAGUGCGUACGCGUGUAUAAGUGAAUUAAACGCUAGAAAAUUAUAAUAUCUUUAUUCAAACUAGAUCUUAUCCAAAAGCAUUGUCUACUUAUAUAUGUGGCUUUGUGUUUCUUAUAUUAUAAAAAGACAUAAUUUUACGUACCUAUAUAAUAUUUAUUAUCCACAUUCAUAGCUCGUCGACCUACUUCGAAGGCUUGGUAUGAUUAUUAUUUAGGAUUCGUGAAAGCUUUUUACGAGUCAUUUUUUAAAUGGUGCUAUGUUCCGUCAAGGAUAAAGUUACUCUGAUGACUUAAGAAAAAACGUGAUUUAUGUAUUUUAGUUUUUAAAAUUGUUAGUAUCAUUAUACAUUAAUCUUUUAUACGGAUAGUUAAUUGUAUUGAAUAAUCAUAACAAUAUAAUAUUAAUUCAUUGAAGUGUGUUUUACAGAUGAACUCGUCGCAUUAGGUUUAUUACUGUGUAGCUUAAGUUUAUAGAUUAUUUUUUAAUUGUAUUUUAUAUUUUUAUCUUUAGUGAAUUUAAAAAAAAAGUUAUUAUUAUUUAAAAAAUUACGCAGUCUGCACGAUCUUCUAACAUAAUACCUAUACGAAUCGAUUUUUGCAUUUGCAUAUUAAAAACAAUAUUUUGUUGUGUUAUUACUUAUUAAUAAGUCUAAUUUAUCUGUUAUUACAUAUAUUAUAUACCUACCGUAUAUUACUUAGCUAUUUACAAGUUUAUAUAAAUGUUAUCUAAGCGUUAAUACAAGUGGAGUACACAAUUUUAAGAAAAUACUUGAUUACAUUUUGCAAGUAGAUAAAUAAAUAGCUUGUGAUAAUACAGAAUUUUGUUUUAAAUUUUAAUACAUAUUGUUUUAUUUAUUUAAUUUUACAUUUUUUUCUUAUAUAAUAUUAUGUGAAAUUUAUCAAUGCUAUUAAAAGAAAAUGCUUAUGUUGUUCUUACAUCGGCCUCACAGAUUUUUUCUUUUUUUUACUAAUUUAUUAUUAUAUACCAUUUGUACUAUCAUUAUUAAUAUAUUAUUAUUAUUAAUUUUAUUCGUGUUUAAAUAUAAAUUACUUAACCUUCCAGCUCUUAAAAUACGCAAAUGAUAAUAUUGUAUAAGGGUAGUUUGUUAGAAUCUGUAAUUUGAUCAUUAAAUGUUUGAUUUUAGAACCAAAUUAAUUUUUUUUAUUU